UUGUCAUUGCAGUUCCAUCAGUAUCAGGUUGUUGGAAGAGCUUUGCCAUCUGAAUCAGAUGAGCAUCCCAAGAUUUAUCGUAUGAAGCUGUGGGCUACCAAUGAAGUUCGUGCUAAGUCCAAGUUCUGGUAUUUUCUGAGGAAACUUAAGAAGGUGAAGAAGAGCAACGGGCAGAUGCUGGCUAUUAAUGAGAUCUUUGAGAAGUACCCAACAAAAAUCAAGAACUAUGGUAUUUGGCUCCGUUACCAAAGUAGAACGGGAUACCAUAACAUGUACAAGGAGUACCGUGACACCACAUUGAAUGGUGCUGUGGAGCAGAUGUACACUGAGAUGGCUUCUCGUCACAGAGUUCGCCAUCACUGCAUCCAGAUCAUAAAGACGGCCACCAUUCCAGCUAAGCUCUGCAAGAGGGAGAGCACUAAGCAGUUCCACGACUCCAAGAUCAAGUUCCCCUUGGUGUUCAAGAAAAUCAGGCCACCGAGUAGGAAACUCAAGACCACAUACAAGGCAACUAAGCCCAACUUGUUUAUGUAAAACAUGUUUUAGUCGUGUGUUGAGAAGCAAUUUCUAAAUUCUGCAGUUUUGGUGUCAAAUUAGUAUUCAUUGUGUAAGAGAGAAGGUAAACCUUUUUUGUUCGGAUCAAAUGAUGGUGGUUACUAGAAUAUUUUCAAUCUUGGUACUUUGCUUUUGCUGUUGCAGUUCUGGGUAAUAUAUUUUUGUUGCCCUUUUGUAAUUUGCCAAUUUGUCCUAAAAUCAAUGUAUUCAGUAAAAUUAAGA